AUGACCCACGGUUUGGACUACUCACAAACCCUUCUUGACACCCUCCCAGUUGUUGCACCCGUCUUAGAAUCGUCCAAAGUCCCUGGGACCAUGCCCAGCCCUCCUCACAGCGACCCUGACGCUCUCGACUCCAUAACUUCCAACAAGGGAGGGCUAACCAAUGGCGAAGAGAAGAAUCCUGUCCGCCUCCUCUCUCCUCCCCUAUUUGCUUCUUUCCACCUCAACCACCUCGUUUCGCAUCCACCUGACCACGUGUUGUUCCCAUUCUUGCACGGUCUAGAAGGAGAGAAUGAUGCUCAAAACACGUUCUUUGCAAAUGCGAACGUGGUCGUCAAUUCUGCCCCGGGCAACGAAGCAGGUGAUGCGAGCAAGAGCACGCUCAGUGGAAGCCACCAUGUCGUGAACGUUACGGUCCCGAACGUUGUACAUGGCCAGCACCACCCGGAUGGUUCGAAGAAAGUGGAUCUUGCACCCUCCCCAUAUACCGUUGGGCCUUCGAAUGCACAGGGCACAACUACACACCAGCUGCUACGGCCGAAGGUGCCUCAGUACCGUGGUCUCGUCUGGGUUGUCUGCGAAGACGACUUGAAAGACGAUAAGGUUACCUUGAGCAUCCUUCGGCGCAAACCUCUUCCUACCGCAACGUGCGAUGGAUACUCCUCCAAUCCGGAAGAUAUGAUCCUCGACGAUAGUGAUGACGACGCUAUGCUUACCAGCAGCGACGAUGACGAUCUCGAUGACGAGUCCACAACAAGCUCAGAUUCAGAGUUUUUUGGGGACGACGAGAACUUCGACAGCGAUGAUGCUCUGAGGGAGGCCACUUCCAACCUUAUCCACAACGACGAUUGCAGUAUCGCGUCGCCUUCCAUCGCUCAACAGGAUGAAGAGCGAGGUAUACUUUCUUCCCAUAACGAGGAUGCAGCUUCAUUGGGUAAACCGUUAACCAAGGAACAGAUGGAUAGCAUGCCGUAUAUGCACCCCGUCGUCAUGCCUCAUCACCAUCAGCACUCACCUCAGUUUGCGUCCCUUCCUGCCAUUGAUACUUCCAACAUCACGGUGUCCACUUCGACAUCGGUGUCGUCUUCGUCUGGCUCAGAAGUCGAUUCGGUCUUUACGUCCACGACCAAGACGCCAACGACCGGUACAGCCACCACCAGCAUCUCUGGCUCACCCACGAGUCCUUCCCCUGUGUGUUCUCCGUACCUUCCUCCCCAGGUCGUCGAACUACCAGAAGCGACGCAGGCGGACCCCAUCGCCAGUCUCGACCGCCAGGAAGAACUCAAAGAUCGCCACGUGAAAGCCAAAGCGAGGCUUCCCAAGAUCAAGUCCAAGCGGAAGAGCAAGACGACCACGGAUCCUGCGGCUCCCCCGUUGUUGACCUGCACAUUCAGGCCGAAGGAGUUGUUGCGGAAGAGGAAGUUGACGACUGUUCGUUCAAAGGACGGGCGACAGGAGGUUAAGAAGAAGCAUGCUUGGGAGUUUGUACCGACCCGCGUGCCUGAUGGCAUCUCUCUACGGAACUUUGGUAUUCAAGUGCCUAUCUAUGCCACCCUCUCCGAUAUCGUCGUCUACUCCCCCAAGGGUGCCUCCCCCAACGCCAUCGCCCUUGCUCACCGCUUCCGUGAAGCCAUCCAGCGCAAACGUGAGGAGCGGAUCACAGCCCUCAAGGGCAUCGUCUACUCGCAAGUCCACGCCCAUACCCAGUCCUAUAAGACCGCACGUGAGGGCCAUACACAGUCGAUCAAAAUCCAGCACCACCACAUCACCGCGGAGAACCUCGAGAGCGCCAAAGAGUCUUCGAGGCCGCAUGGUGUCCACAGUGACGACGAGGAAGAUGAUGUCGAGACGAGACUGCUAGAUGCUGCUGAGAGGUACCUAUUGAACAAGGUAGACGAGGAGCUGUUGGACUAUAACGUGUUCGUGUUGGAUGCGGACGAAGAGCAGAUGAGGAAGAGGAUGGGGCAUUUGAUGAUGCAUAGUUGCGGGAGUGGCGUACCCGGGGUCGAGAAGCCCCAGAGCAGUAAGAGUGAUACUGAAGCGGGACCGACAGAGGUGACAACUGGAGCUCAUACUGUCGGGAACGAUGGUCGUCUGGCCGCGGAGAGCAGGAUGGACACUGAUCUCGUCGUUGGCGAAAUUGAAAUCGAUGACGAUGGGGAUGUUGCCAUGUCGGAUUCCAUUGAAAUCCCGGCCGAUGCUACCACCGACACGGCUGGGGCGGAUACCGACCUUGAUAUCAGCGACUUUGACGAGCCCAUCCCCAAUACCGUCGACUUUGCCCUGCGUGAGAGGGAAGAGAUGAGAGAUUUGACCAAAGCGUCCGAGAUCAUCAGCCUGUUCCCUGUCUCCCCAUCGGAGAAUAAUACCCCGACCAAGGCGACAUUCGGCAAGGGUCUGCUGUACGACUCGCCAUUGUCCUCGACGCCCAGUGGUACCCCCGUCUCCGGCAGCCAGCCUCCUCACUUGCAGCACCUGUCCAACCUUGUGCCGCCGCCGUUGUCCUCACCUCACCUCGGCGGUUCCCCGACGUCGCCCGAGUUCACCUACAACCAUCCAAACCCUUCCGUCGACAUCUCCUCGCUAUCCAAAUUCUAUGACCCUCGUGUUGGCCAAGUCUUCCUCGGCAACUCCUCCGAUGUUCCUCUCGUCCCUGAACCACCUUCCGAGGAGGCGCAGCAGAGCGCUCGAAACAGAUUGGAGGAUGUCAAUGCGGACGAGUUGGCAGCCGACGACCCGUUCAACCCUUCCGUCACCAACAACCCCGCCAAAGGAUUUGGUUACGACAUCUGCAUCGAGUGCCACGAGCUCGCGCCCUUCCCCACCGCCGCCCACCUUCGAGCUGCUGAAGAUCAUCUUGUAACAUUGGAACGAGUUUGGAGGGAGAGAAUGGUAAGGAGGGAGGUGGCGAAGUUGCAGGCUGAAGUCGAGAAUGUCGAGGCCAAUCCCGAGGAUGGAGCUGAGGAUAGAGGUCCGCGAACGGAGACCAAGACACUGCGCAUUCCUCCACGACCUGCCCCACACGCGAACGCUAUCAUUCACCUGCCCUUCCCCAGCUCGCCGCCUAAUAACCAGAGCACGCUUGCUCAACUUAUACCCGUAUUGCGCUUCUUGGAACGGUGGAUUCGCCCGGUGAACGAAGUCACAGUAGAUGUGCAGGUGGAAGUCACACCGGCUCCGCCACCAGCUCAGCCCACGCCUCCUCCCGGAGAUCAAGACCCAGAAGGACGAAGCAAUGAGACUUCUAGUCCAGUCAGUGGAGUCAGACGCUGGUCGAGCUCGGUCGUGUCUUCCAUCUUGCCUGCAGUUUUCGGUGGCAGCAACCCCGCGCCUACCCCUCCUCCAUCAGCCACUGUACAGGCUUCGCCUUCCCCACCCCCUUCGUCUUCCCGACUGCGCUCCAAUACUAGCCCUGCACCAACGAGCCACGUCAAUCCCUUCCAUCAGACUCCACAAGGAUCGUCGUUUGGCUAUGCUCAACCUGCCCAUCAACAGCAUACGACUUCUUAUCAGCAAUAUCCCCGCCAUCAAACACCCGUCCAAUCGCACAGGAUGACCCCCACCAGACCGCUGAAGAUCUUGAUCUACAGUGCGGAUGGGUAUACCGAGUCGUCGCUGCCCUCGCUCUGCCUGUUGAUGAGCGUCAAGGGGCUGACGUUACCAGAAGCCUAUCUGGAGCUCCAGGUCGCCAAGCGCCGCUCGUUCUUCGUGUACCAACAUGAUCUCGGCAUUCUUCGCAAGGUUGAGGGGCGGUUGCGUGAGGAAAGAGAGCGCGAACGUGAGAGGUUGAGGGAGGCGGAGAGGCAGCGGGAGUUGAGGGAGAUUCAGAUUGCUGCUCAGCGCGAGAGGGAGAGGGCUGAGAGGGAGAGAAACGAGCGGGAUCGGGAUAGUAAUGCUGUUCCUGGUAACGGGAAUGGUAAGCGCAGUCUAGGCAGCUCGUUCUUCAGGGGGUUGGGUAUGGGUCCAUCGUCGUCAUCGUCGCCGCCGCCGUCAGCUCCAGCCAUCCCCGACGCUCCUGCUACUGGAGAGCGCCGUACCAAGAUGGGCCGUCCUGCAGCGAAGAGUGUUUCGUUUGCGCAAGUUCCAGGUCUUCACCUCGCCAACCCGUCCAACACCGUCACUGCCAAGGCACCUGGUCCUACCCCUUCCUCUAUACCAGGGUUGGGGAUGGGUGCUCAUACCCCGGGUCAUGCCUCAGAGUACGCCAAGAUGGGGCAUGCGUCGACCCUGCCGGCUUCCUCGACCUUGUCCUCUCAAUCUCCUCCAGUCGCCGGCGGUGGGAGGCUUCAACUUGCCACUACUGGUAGGACCCAUACAACCACUGUUGGGAGGCCUCGAGCGAACACUAGUCCUUGGCUGCCUAGCGUUGCCGGUGAUCACCAGAGUUGGUUCAAUGAUCCUCGAUUCGACGGAAGCUUCCCUAGCCGUGUAUUGCCAUUCUUGUACCUGGGUAAUCUGAAUCAUGCGUCCAAUGUGUACAUGCUCCACGCACUGGGCAUCACCCACGUCGUCAGCGUUGGAGAAUGUGCCCUUCUUCCACCACCCUUCCACAUGAUUGGCCAAGGGAGUGCCGGAAAUGCAGCAAAUGCAAGCUGCUCGACUCGAGCGUACAAGCAAUCUUAUCCCAACACCAGUGGUCAUGGAUCGCUCUUCAUCGAGGAACGAGAAGGUCGAAUCAAGGUCCUUGAUAUCAAGGGUGUGUGCGACGAUGGAAUCGACACUCUUGAACCUCAGUUGGAGCCCAUUUGCGAUUGGAUCGAUAAGGCGAGGGCCGAGGGAGGACAAGUGCUGGUGCAUUGUCGAGUGGGUGUAAGCCGUAGUGCGACCGUUACGAUCGCGUAUGUGAUGAAACAUCUCUCCCUACCUCUGGUCGACGCCUACCUCAUUGUUCGCUCGCGCCGUCUCUCCGUACUCAUCCAACCGAACAUGAGACUGCUGUACAACCUCUGCGGAUGGGAAGUCAAGCUUGCGAAGGAGCGAGCUGGGCUUAAGGAAGAGCAGAUCAAGCGCCUAAGCAUCGGCGAUGGGAACCAGGCAGAGUACGACAAGGAGAGGAGACUAGGGGAGAAACGACUUCGAAAAGAACUGGCACGGACGCUCACGUGGCCCUACCUUUCGAAAGAAGUUCACGCUCUGAACGAGAAAUACCUCCAUUAAACCUGUUCAUGCUUUCAACGUUUUUGUACAUUUUUUGACUCUUGGGGACCGUGUCCAUUCAGCUGUCGAUUUUCGCUCUAUUUCAUUUGUACUGAUAUCAUGCACACGCUGUCUACACUUGCCACUUCUUGGACUGCUGUUGAUCAAGUUGUAACUCUUACCAUCGCCGUUCUGUACCUUGACGUAGUUCAUCCUCGCAUUUGU